UAGGCACCUGGUUCUGUAGAGCACAUGGUCCGCCUGAUCUCCGACUCUUAAACUACAAGACCCGGGCAAAAACGAAAGAUACUGAGAUAACAUUUUUAAUUUGGAACUACUUCUUGUGUGUCCUGGUGACUUUCUAUUUUGAACUCUUCUUGUCUGACCUAUUCAUAUCUAUUGUCAAUGUCGCGCGCUCUCAUGGAGUUUAUUGAUACACGGAUUUAUGGAGAGCAUAUGUCAACCUUGUGUACAUGAAUUGAUCUGUCGGUGCCAUCAGGCUAACUUGUUUACAUGGAAUUGUUUGGUGUUUAGACAUACCAACGGAUGAAGCAAGGGACACAAUUCAACACAUUGAUGAAAUAAUACCUCGUGAUUUGGUCGUUGUGUUUAUAUUUAUUUACAGCCUGGCACACUCAACGAUGCGAAGUCUUCCAUUCAUCGUUACCCUCUGUCACAUCAUCUGCCAGACAACUUUAGCAAGUACUAAGAACUGCUUGCCACAGGUGGGUUUAAUUACUUGAUAUUCAUGCUUUGCCAAAAGUGGGUUUAAUUACUUGAUAUUCAUGCUUUGCCAAAAGUGGGUUUAAUUACUUGAUAUUCAUGCUUUGCCAAAAAUGGGUUUAAUUACUUGAUAUUCAUGCUUUGCCAAAAAUGGGUUUAAUUACUUGAUAUUCAUGCUUUGCCAAAAGUGGGUUUAAUUACUUGAUAUUCAUGCUUUGCCAAAAAUGGGUUUAAUUACUUGAUAUUCAUGCUUUGCCAAAAAUGGGUUUAAUUACUUGAUAUUCAUGAUUUGCCAAAAAUGGGUUUAAUUACUUGAUAUUCAUGAUUUGCCAAAAAUGGGUUUAAUUACUUGAUAUUCAUGCUUUGCCAAAAGUGGGUUUAAUUACUUGAUAUUCAUGAUUUGCCAAAAAUGGGUUUAAUUACUUGAUAUUCAUGCUUUGCCAAAAAUGGGUUUAAUUACUUGAUAUUCAUGUUUUAAUUAUAAAUGUUCCCACACUUGACUUGAUACACGUCACAGUUUGUCUUUUCCUACUAUUUCUUUUUAUUUCUUUGUCUCAGAAAUCCAAACUUUUAAAAAUUCGUAUUUUGUGUAAGUCUUGGGUAAAUGAAAACUCAAUUUGUUUAAACAGGAAUGUGCUUUCGAAGAAUUCGAGCCCCGGUCCAUUGCAUGCACUUACGGCUCGUUCACCACUGUGCCAGAUUUCUCCAAAUGUGGUAUCGAAAUUGUUGGGCUGAUCUUUGAUGUGAGAAAUGUGUUGUUUAUAAGGAUAUUGAAUUUAAAUAUGACGCAAUUUAUAGAGUCACAAGAUUCUAAAAGGAUUUGCACACAAUUUUAAUUUAAUAUUUAUUCAGUCUUCAUAUAUCCAACCUCAAAUCUUUGCAAUUUAAAUGCCCCGAUAAGAAGAUGCGACUCUUUUUAUUUCCAUACACCUUGUUAAUAAAAUAAAUCGUAUGUCUAUGUUAAAAAGAAAGAAAUAACUCAUAGUAACGUUGGAUAUGAUUUAUCAACUUAGAGAAAAUCCUUAUUUGACCACAAAAAAUGUAGACUAGUUUGUGUUAUAAACGUUUGUAUCUAUCAAUUGUGUUUACUGGAAAGCUGAAUGGUAAAUUCUUUCAUUGCAUGGAUGCAACUCAACAAGGCGGCAAACAUAAAUCUAUUUUAGGUUUAAAGCAUGCGUUUAUUCUGUAGCAAUGUGUUUUCAAAUUUUUUUAGCAAACACGUUUAAAAUAUGUAAAUAUACUGAUUUGAUGUCCAUAGAUUCCAUUUAUUUCUACAGACAACUUCAAUUGUCAACCUGACAGACAACAGCUUACCCCCGGGACUGCAAUCACUUAUCUUCCUCAGCAACCCACUUGGCUACAUCUCUGAGGGGGCGUUCAACAACUGCGCCACGACCUUGGUCAACCUGACCUUUGACAUGUCGCUCUACAGGAUCAUCCCCAGCGCAUUGGCUCAGCUCACGUCACUCAAAUACUUGGACAUCUCUUACGAGCGUUCACUAAACUGGAACAUCCCUGUACUGAAACAAAUCGGCAGGACAAUCACAUUUCUCAACAUCAAGUACCUGCGUCUGUCAACAUGGCCAAGCUGGUUGCAAUACUUCACUGCCUUGUCUUCUUUGGAAAUAUUUCAUAGCACUUUAUCGGAUAUAAACGAUCAAGUAUUGAGUCAUGUGGCCAAUCAGAUGAUUGAUUUGAAAGUGACGCAUAGUUACUUCACCUUUGUCCCUACAAUUGUGUCAUCACUAAUCAAUUUGGAUACUCUGAGUUUCGCCAACAACAUGAUCACGAAAAUUGAAAAUCUGCCCUCUAAACUGACUUUCCUGGAAUUCAAUUACAACCAAAUCACAGAGAUAACCGAUCAGACGUUUUCUAAUUUAACGAACCUUCAAAACUUGCUGAUCAGUUACAAUCCCAUCGCUCGCAUCUCGCCCAACGCAUUCGCAAACAAUCCGCUGAUCAGUUACCUGAUGCUGGAGGGUACGAACCUGACACGCGUGCCACUGGCCCUGAUGUCAUUAAUGAACAUAGGAAUACUGUUCUUAGACGACAGCGACUACAUGGUGUGUACGUGCGAGGAGGCCAGCCUGAUGUACUGGUUCAACAAGACCCCCAACAUGCAGACUUACGGGGGUUGUGGAGGAGAUAUCGAUAUGAAGGAUUUUUUCACCAAAUUAGCUCCCGGAUGUCCGGAAAUUUCCUGAAUGUGAUGUCAAAUGAAUUCAAAAUACUUAAACGAUGAUUGUUUUUGUUUUUUCACCAAAGAAAUAUGUUUAAAUAAAAAUUUGUGGUCCAAAGAAUCGAAACGAAAUAACUAUGAGGCAAAUUGAUAAAUAAAGAAUUGUUGGUAAACCA